UCGUGGCAUAGGCAUAAAUGAAGAUAUAUAUGCUAGGUAGCAGUCAUGAUGGUUUUGAGGAAUAUCCAGGGCCGAUUGAGCAACUAUGUUGUGAACUCAUUCAAGUUUAACAUCCAACCUUUAUUACGUUUGCAUUCACGACUACCAAUUAGUUUGCAUUCACGACUUCCAAUCCGGACGAUUCAUUCAAGGCGGACUUUCACAACACGAGGCAACACAAACUAUGGACACGGAAGGCGUGGACAACUGAUUCUGCCUUUGUCUGCAGGGCUUGCUUAUUCAAUAUACACGAUGACCGUGUGUGAGGCUGACGAACACCAAGAACGGGAGGCAGGUUGCCGUGAGAAAGUCCAACGGAUAGAAAUUGCUGUCCAGGUUGCAAGAAGCAUCGCAAUGCGUAAAAUGGUGGAGUGUGGUUGUCCCGGGAUGUCGGUGGCCGUCUCCGUGGACGGGAACCUCGUCUGGACAGAAGGGUUUGGGUAUGCGGACGUCGAGAAUGACGUACCGUGUCGUCCGGAGACGGUGUUCCGCGUGGCCAGCAUCAGCAAACCUAUCACUGUGGCGGCUGCCGCCCGUUUGGUAGAUCAGGGCGUCCUUGACCUUGAUCAGGACGUCAACUUAUAUCUGCCGGACUUCCCGGUAAAACGAGUUGACGGCGAAGAGGUGAAUAUUACCGUUCGUCAGUUGCUGAGCCACAUGGCAGGAAUCCGGCACUACGACAAAACCUACAUAAAACCGAAGGACGUAAUAGACAGUGAUGGGAAGCAGACGAACGAAUUUGCACUGCAAGAAUACUACAUCAAAGAGCACUACAAUACCGUAAAUGAAAGCCUCACACUGUUCAAAGAUGAUCCGCUUGUUCAUAAGCCAGGCACAAAGUUUCUGUAUACGAGUCACGGAUUCACGUUGGCGAGCGCGGUGAUAGAGAAAGCAGCGGGACAGUCGUUUAGUGUAUACCUAAAGAAAGUACUGGAUGAACUGGGACUUGAACACACGUACAUGGAAGACCACAGUGCCAUUAUACCUCACCGGGGCAGGCAUUGUAAGGACGACAAGGGACGCUUGAAAAACGUUCCUUAUGUGGAUCUAUCUUACAAGUGGGCUGGAGGCGGGCUCAUCUCGAACGUGAAGGACCUUUGCCAGUUUGGAAACGUUAUGUUGUACAGUUACCAGUUUCAUUCUCCAUCAGAGACAGGUCUACGUCACCCAUCCAACCAAGGAAAACUGUUACCUUACUUAAAGCCUGAAACAGUUAACUCAAUGUGGACAAAGAUGGAUAAAACGGAAGCAGAAUGGGAUGGAAUGACAGAAGGAGGUUACGGAUUGGGUUGGGCAGUUUGGCCUCAACAGGAGCAUUAUGCUUAUUGUAAAUCCCUGAACUUCUUUGUGUCUCAUACUGGAGGUGCAAUAGGGGCUAGUAGCGUACUUCUAAUCCUGCCCGGAGAGGGAAGGGACGGACAAACUGAUGUGUCUGUAGAAAGGACAGGGUUGUGUUUUUCUAAAGGGGUUGUUGUUAGUAUGAUAACAAAUAUGACUUCGGUGGGACUUAAUAAAACAGCUCAUCAAAUUGCAAAGGUGUUUGGUGAAAUGUAAAAAUAACCUUUUCCGUUUAUGACUGUAAUCAAUAAAUGAACUUUGUUGGUUUGUGUUUUUCAUAUUGUAAAUGAUCAGAAAGUUUGGUUGAAAUCGGUUAUGCUUUUUAUGUGAUGUAUUUGAAUGUGUUAAUUUCAACCAGCCAUUUGAUUGUCAAUUACUGAAAGGUCAUCGUGAACAAGUUGGAUUUUUCUUAUCAUGAUAUCAUCAUCAUAUUUGUAAUAAUUAAAAAAGUUAAUGUUAUUUCAUGGUCGGACUUUUAUUCAACAGCCACUAUUAACACCUGACUUAACAGUGUAAGUAAAUGUUUAUGAAUUUUAUUUAUUGUGUGUAUUUUGUCGUUCGGAUUUCGUAGGAUCAAGUAGGAUUAUUCUUAUCAUGAUAUCAUCAUCAAAAUUGUAAUUAUUAAAAGUUAAUGUUAUUUCAUGGUCGGACUUUUAUUCAACAACCAUUAUGAACUGAUAUUACAGUGUUGGUAUAACUGAAUUUUAAUUAGUGUGUGUCGUUUGUUGAACCAAAUAAUUUGUUAAAUGUUUCCUCGUAAGAAAUCAAUUAAAUGCCAAAAAGGUAUGCACAUAGCCAUGCCUUGAACCCAAGGUCGUGUUCUGACAAAACACAAUACUUUUUAGUUGUAAAGCGACCCGUCUUAAAGCGAAUCAGACUCUGACAUUGAAAGUGAUUGAAUACUAUGAACAGAUCGAAAACUGUGUUAGCUUUGUUUACAAGUUUGACUUUUCAAAUAUUGCGCUCUUCAACUUAAUUAGUUUUGAACUUUAUUACUUCUAUUCAUUUGAACAUAAAUGCAUUAAUCAUUUUUUUUUUUAAAUGUUAUAAAUAUUUUGAACUGAAACAAUCGUAGCUAAUAACCUUUUUUGUUAUCGCAGAACUAGUUAUACAUAGUUCACAAGCCGGUGUAGGAAUGACAAUAUACGUCAUCGGCGUUCAAUUGACGUAGGGGUAUUCAAACAAAUCGCCGAAAUUAAUCAAAACAGAAACCGAAAACUUGUUCAUUUCAAUGUAAGAUCGUAUUUCAUUUAACAUGUGAUCAUCGAAAAAAUAUUCAUUCACUCAUGGCGAGUAUCAUGUAUGUAUUUGUCAGCCACAUCACUUUUGUAAUUGACAGCACUAUGAAGGAGAGACAAAUUGAUUGAAGGUUCCGGCAAACUAUACUCAAAUACAAGCAACAUACUUAGGCUUUCAUUUCUUUGAAGGUUAGCGGUUUCCAACAUAGUUAAAAGGUCAUUCAUUCGUCCUUUCGGUUUUCGGUUUAUGAAAUAUCUACUAGACACGGUUAUUUUUUCCUGGAGAUGGUUUGGAUUUUUUGUCAUUGAUUUUAUUUGU